UAUGAGAAUCGCUGAAACUUAGGGUCGUUGUGUAUUGAUAUGUAGUAUAACUAGUUUAUUAAUAAUUGAUAGAUAUGUCUUCCAAGAAGGGUACUUUUAGUAUAUAUUACGGAGAAGAAAAUGUGAUUUAUGGGCCGAAUGGGGUAGAUUUAAGUGAAUUCAACUGUGCGGUCAGAGGAAUUUUCAGACCACACGAGAGGGCAUUUGAAUCCCUAUGCAACUGGUUAAUGAGCGGAUUAAGGAUUAAUCAGGAGACACACACUGUGAGUAUUCAGUGCGUCAUAAAUCGUACCACUCAUGCUUUGAUCUAGGAACUGAUGCCACACUUGCAAGCAAUGAUGACUGGUUAAGUUAUCUGCAAAAUGCAAGUCAUUGGCAAUGGCCACUAGUACUUCUUGUCAGUGUGUACUAGAAGCCUUUGAUAAACAUCGAGGCUGCUGCGGGGGAUGAAGAUGUUGAUGAAGAAGUUGAGGAGCCAAAUAUUGAGGUAGGUGGCACCGCAGCACCUCAAUACGUGGCUGAUGAGGGGGAGAACAUACCCCGUAUUGUUGAACAGCUGCGAGACGAAGAUCAUGAGUUCGAUGAAGCAAUGAAUGCUGAGCGAUUCGCCAUAGCACGCCCCCUAAUCAGCGAGGAGCCUUAUGCCCGAGAUGUAUGGGCUGUGGUACGAGGACAGCCCCAUGAUGGGUUUGCUUUGGACUGAUCGACGUAUGAGCUGGGCACAUCGGCAGGUCCGGAAAGCAUACCCGCAGUUCGUGUCCAAAUUUAAUCGGUUGCGGCCACAGGAUGUCAUCUGGACCCCAUACACCGCUGCAGCUGUCCAGACACGUGCACCGUACGGGUUGUCCUCCCUGUGCACGUGUGACGAGGCGUACUGGCUCACAAAGGGUUGUCCUCCCUUGUACCGUGAUCAGACGCAGCGUGGCGCGAUCGAUCUGAUCAACUGCGCGGAGGUCGAAGCUGCAUCUCAGAUCAUGUUGUUUGACCGUGGAGUACGUGUACCGGAGGCACAGUACAAAGAGAGUUUUCGUCGGAUUCAUGACAACUUGACGCGAGCGUUACGUACUUCAGAUUUUGGGCCUCCAACAGUGAUCCUUCAGGCCCACGAUCUCAGGACAGACAAGGCGAUUUGA